UGUCAGGAAGCUGGUGAUCCACUGACAGGUAGCUGGAGACACGCUGAGCUGGGAGAGUUUGGAAGAGAGAAGUUCAGGCACGAUGGUGUUAAAAGCCGAACUAAAGUCCACAAACAGGAUCCUGGCAUAAGUUCCCGGGCGGUCGAGGUGUUGCGGUUAUGCAGUUGCACACACAGCACCCUCAUUUGUUUCAAUUUGUCCGUUGCCACAAGAUAACUUACCAACACGUACAUACACCCUAAAAAAUUAUUCAGGGGCUUAGUAAACAUCAUUAUAAUUCUAAGUUAGAUGACCUUGAUUAAAUCUUUGAAAAUCACAAAAGUGUUAUCUUGAGUUGAAAAUACUGAAAAGAAUGCUUAAAUUUUCAACACCAGUUUUUGAGUUGAACUGAGCUCUUUUGUUCAAGUUUAUUUAAAAGAAAAAAUUCUGUAUUUGAAACACAGGGUGCAUUAUUUAAAUCUACUCAAUAUAUCUCAUAGAAAGUACUCAAAAUAACUGAGACACUGGUAUUCAUACUUAUCAUUGUCUUUAACUUUAAUUAUUAAUGGUUCAAAAUCAAUAUAAUUUUGUCCCCCAAUACUAACUUAAAACUUUGAGUAAGACUAAUGACCUUUGGCAUGUACCGCGCGCGAGGAGCAUGGCCUCAUGGGAGAUUUUCUGCACGUUGAACGAGACAGACACACAUCCACUGCAGACUUGGUAACGUUUUCAGCACCAUCUUCACCACCAGGAGAAAAAAAUCUGCAUCAACUACAAAGUAAAGCAGGUCACAGGUGAUGAGAUGGCAGUGUAAACUCUGCAAACAUGAGGAGUCAUCAAAAGUGUCACUACUCAAACAUUAUCGAGUGAAACAUGGUACAUUUGGUCAUGGCUAUUCCAUACCCUGUCUUCAUUUGAAUUGUCCUUGCUCUUUUAAGACAUGGGGUGCCUUACGCUCACACUUGUCUAGGUCUCACAGUUCGCAUGAAACGGAAGAGUGUGAGGUCCUUCCAACUAUUAGAUGUAAAAUCUGUGACUCUUUUUACCCAAACACAAAAGACCAUUUUCAACAUAUAAAUUCCCAUUUGAAAAGCCAUGAAACCAUAGAGUGUGUUUUUGAUGGCUGUGAGUUUAAGACAAACAUUUGUGGGACUUAUGCGACUCACAGAAGUCGAAAGCACAGAUUUUGUUCAUGGAAGCACUUUAAAACUAACUUGAUUUCAAAGCAAACUGUCAGUACAUCUAAUGAAAUCUUCUUACCAGCACUGGAAUUAGAAGAUCACGAGGACUUGGAUGUCACCAUUGAACUUGGUUGUGAAAGGGAAACAACAAAUGAAAUUUUGAAAAAUAUUGGUGUGCUCUUGUUAAAACUGGAAAGCAUCUAUAAUGUUUCUGGUAAAUGUGUGGAUGACUUGGUGGAACAGCUCAAUUAUAUCUGCACAUUAUCACUUCAGUAUAUUCCAAAGUCAAUAAGUGAUAUUCUUAUUAAGAAUAACUGUAAUAUUGAUCAGUCUUUUGUCAGUGAAUUGGCUGAAAAAAUAUGUCACUGUAGUCCUUUAUGUGCAGCCCUUAGUCCUGAUGGUCCCUUUGCUUCAAGAUAUAAGAGACAGAAAUAUUUCAAGGAAAACUUCUGUGUUAUUGAACCAGUAGAAUACUGUUUGGAUCCAGAAAAGAAUUCCACUUUUCAGUAUGUGCCUAUUCUUCAGUCCUUGCAGCUGUUACUGAGUAAAGAAGAUGUUAACAGUAUAUUAACUAGACAUUUGAACACUUCACAGUUAUCCUCUUUCCACGAUGGACAAUAUUUCAAGCAAAACCAACUUUGUGCUAUUGAGGACUUAAGUAUUUCCCUUGUUCUCUAUGUGGAUGACUUUGAAAUUUGUAAUCCACUUGGGACUUCAAGAAAAAAACACAAAGUCACAGCUGUGUACUGGGUACUUGCUGAUAUACCAACUGAACUGAGAUCACAGCUAACAUCAAUUCAAUUGGCUCUCCUGUGUAAGGCAAGUGAUGUUAAAACUUUUAGCUAUGAAACUGUUCUCGAGCCACUUUUAAAGGAUCUCAUAACAUUAGAGAGAGACGGGAUUUUUUUGUUCACAGCUUGGUAGAUAUAUCAGGGGCACUGUUUUUUGUGUUUGUGCUGACAAUCUUGGCACUCAUUCUCUUAGUGGACUCGUGGAAAGCUUUUCUGGACAUUACAUCUGUAGAUUUUGCCUUGGAGACCAUUCAGACUUUCAGCAAAAAGAAGUUCGUUCAGGAGCUUUUCCACCAAGAACAAAAGAGAACUAUGAUCUACAUGUCCAAACCAUAAAGGAAAAUUCCUCCUCGGUUCAUUUUUGUGGUGUGAAGAAAGGUUGUCCAUUAACAGGGAAAUUAAAAUAUUUCCAUUUUGUCACAGGGUAUCCUCCAGAUCUUUUGCACGACCUUUUUGAAGGCAUAAUUCCACUAGAAUUAGCAUUAUGCCUUCAUGUGUUUAUCCGUAAACGUUACUUUUCCUUAACUGAACUCAAUAACUUCAUAACAGAAUUUCCUUACAAAUGGAGCGAUAAAACAGAUCGCCCCCAAAUCAUCCCCAUAAAUUUUUCCACUCGCAAAAGCAUUGGUGGCAACGCACAUGAAAAUUGGACGUUAUUGAGACUAUUACCUUUUAUUAUUGGGGAAAAGAUUCCCAAAAAUGAUGAAGCAUGGCAAGUUCUUAUGACUCUAAAAGAUAUAACUGAACUUGUUGUGUCCCCUAUUCACAGAGAGGAAAGUAUUUGCUACUUGGACACACUUAUAUCUGAACAUCGCAACAGGCUAUUGGAUGUUUUCCCAGAGCAAAAACUAACUCCAAAACACCAUUUUUUGGAGCAUUAUCCUGACUUGAUCAGAGGAUUUGGUCCAUUAGUAUGCCUCUGGACUAUGCGCUUUGAGGCUAAACAUAGUUUCUUUGAGAAGGUUGUUAAACACACAAACAGCUUCAGAAAUGUACUAUUGUCACUUGCCUCAAAGCACCAGAUGAUGAUGGCAUACUAUUCAGAUGGUAAUGCAUUGAAGCCAUCAGUGUGUGUCACUAAAGUAUCAUCUCUUCCAUUGGAACUGCUUGAUGUAGAAAUACAGCAGUGUCUCAAGGAACUUUAUCCAACACAAGCCUAUGUGAAUUUGACCAACUCUCUGACUCAUCAUGGAACUAAAUAUGCCUCAGGAAUGGUUUUGCCUCAUGGAUCUACUUGUGGCUUACCUGACUUUGUGGAGAUUUUACAGAUUGUUGUCUUAAGCAAUGAAUUUCUUUUCAUUGUGAAGUUGCUCAACAGCUGGUAUGAUGAACAUUUUAGGGCAUUUAUUCUGGAUCCUUCUGGGAAAAUGACCUUAAUACAUCCCAGAGUACUUGGUGACACUUACCCCUUAACACCAUAUCGUGUUGAAGGCAAGCAAAUGGUGUCAAUAAAACGUCACAUUGUUUGUUAGUGUAAGGGGAAAGACUCAGAUACCCCCUUUCUUUUUCUUUUUUCUUGUGGUUUUUAUUCUGCAGAUGGACUCCGUUGCCUUGAAAGUAAUUUUUGGACAACAGAGUGAGAAGCUUGUGCUCUCUUCAGGAAUGCCCAGGACUGUUGAGGAGUUGCAUGAGACAGUGAGAGAGACAUUUGGGCUAGUUGAGGAUUUCACAUUGCACUAUUAUGAUGACUCAUUUGGAGAUUUCUUUACACUUCAUUCUCCCAACCAAAUCAAAGAUAGGGGUACAGUCAAAGCUGUGGUCAUUCCAUCAGUAGUGCUUACAUUGAUUCCUCAGUGUGAAAAUCCCUCAGAUGUAAGUUCACUGAAUGAAAGUUCAAGCUCUUCAACCUAUAAAACCACAGAGGACCAAACAGAUGGAUCAUCUCGGUCUUCAGACAACACUGUUAUACUCUCCCCUCUUCAAAGUCCUCUGAAGACUGCAUGGCCAGAUGAAAUUGUCAUUCCACUUUUCUCUGUGGCAACAGAGACUGUACUGAAAAAUGCCAAGCAAGUCUUUGUUCAAAAUGGCACUGUGCUGAACAAUACUUCAGUCAAGUCAGAUAUAAUGGAAAAAUUAGCUGAUUAUAUGUACAGCUACACAGCCUACCCUACUGGCCUUCAAAUUGGAGAAGUGGCAGAGGCUCUGGUCAAAAAGCACCCAUGUCUGACAGAGCCAGGCAGUCGUAAUGGCUGGAUGGGAUGGAUGUAUAGUCUUAAAUACAAGAUGGGAAAUUACAGGUCAAAGUUACGAAGUCUUGGAGUUCCAGAGGUUACUUGCAACUCACUGAAGAACAAGCACCCUGAUGACAAGGCUCCAGCGAAAAACAUAAAGAAGGCGCGGAAAGGAGAAGUGCUGUUUCUGCCACACUAUCCAGGACAAGAUGGUAAAGAACAGCAAGAGCUGGAGCGACAACAACUGAUUGAUGAGUGUAAGAAGAAAAACAGCACAGCCAUCAAGGAUUUAAUGUGCAAAACCUUUGCACAUAGAAGACAUGAUAUUAUCAGCCAACAGCUGAGUGUCAGCGACAUCAAGGACAGAUGGCCGGCGUUGUUUGACGUCUCCCAAGUCAGUGCAGAGUUUCAUAGGAUCACGACCCUGAACCUUGAACCAAAGUUCAUGUCAUCGUUGGACUUGUAUUCAUCCAAACUCCUGUCCUUGUUUCAAGCCAAGAAAGGUGCUGCUGGACAACGCCACAGGGCACAGUUAAACCUUCUGCUUCAGAGUGGAAAUUCCAUCGAGAAAAAAUGAGAAGUCAUCAUCAGAUGUCUCAUUGACCAUCUGGGAGAGGAUCCAAGUGCCUUAAUCAAAACCUUUGAGGACGGUGCUGAUGCUGUCUUUGUUGAAGAGGCUUUGGCUGAGGAGCUGAUGAAGAUUUAUCUGCUGCAGAAUCAAGACAGGUCAGGCGAACCUACUGAUGUGGGUAUUGUUAUUGAAGGCGUUACUGUUCUGGGCAAACUUGGGAAUCUGAGCAAAGCCUGUUGCUAUCUUUUGGGACUGUGCUAUGCUCUGGAUCUGAAAUACCCCAAGAAUCCCAAAUGCACAUUUGAAGCAUUUCAAAAAGUGUUCAUGGAGCUGGAUCCAGGAAACCUUUCUGUCAAGGUUCAAAGACUGAAAAAUGACCUCUGUUCAUUGUAGACAAAAUUUCACAGGGCUGUUCUUAAAGUGUUAGACUUGUUAAGUGACAUGUAAUGCUCAUCAAAAGGUUCAGUUGCGGCAUUACAUUGUGUUGAGAUUCCUGUUCAUAAAUAAUGUUUGUACCAUAAACUGUGUUUUUGUAUUAACUUUCCAGAUUCACAUUAAGGUGUAAAUGGGAGAGUAUCUUCUGUAUGGGUUUUUUUUUUUUUUUUUUUUUUUAGCGCAAUCCUUUUUGAAACCUUUUUAUUUAAAUUAUGGAUGUUUUUUGGUCACUCUUUAGUUAUAAUCUUCCCAAUUUUUUGGAAUCAAAAUAAGAUGUUCAAAAACUAUGUCACAGUGCAAAUGUUUUUUUUUUUCAGGAUUUAUAUUUUUUUGGGAUCUUAAUUUUAUUUUUGUCAUUUGACCUUUUCUGAAAAGGUAAAGCACUGCGUUCACUUGAGCCUCUUUUAUUCUUUGUAUGGCAGGUACAUUUUUCUUGUUGUUAGCAUCAAUAUGCCAGUUUUACAGAGUUUUAUCAAGCAUGCCAAAUUGGAUGCAAUUUUAUUAUAUAAGGCUGUUGUGACUGAAAUUUUAUCCACUGAAUGUAGAACAGAUUUCAGGUCACUGUGUUCAGAGAAGGAAUCUGCUAAAUGUGUGAUUCACAAAAAAGCUGGUUAAAAUAAAUCAUUGUGAACAAUGUUGAACUGACGUGGUUCUUUUUUCCUGUGGG